AUGAUUAUGCCAUCAGUGUACUACAAAUCUCCCCCACCACCUUACGUUUACAGUUCUCCACCACCACCAUACUACUCACCUUCUCCUAAAGUGUACUACAAAUCUCCCCCACCACCAUACGUCUACAGCUCUCCACCACCCCCACCAUACUACUCUCCUUCCCCUAAGGUAGACUACAAGUCUCCUCCACCACCAUACGUCUACAGCUCUCCACCACCACCAUACUAUUCUCCUUCUCCUAAGGUGUACUACAAAUCUCCUCCACCACCAUACGUGUACAGCUCUCCACCACCACCAUACUAUUCACCUUCUCCUAAAGUAUACUACAAGUCUCCACCACACCCAUACCACUCACCUUCUCCUAAAGUAUACUACAAGUCUCCACCACACCCACAUGUAUGCGUCUGUCCACCACCUCCUCCAUGUUACUCCCCAGCCCCUAAGGUUGUAUACAAGUCUCCUCCACCACCGUACGUCUACAGCUCUCCACCACCACCAUACUACUCACCUUCCCCUAAGGUGUACUACAAAUCUCCCCCACCGCCGUAUGUUUACAGCUCCCCACCACCACCAUACUACUCACCUUCCCCUAAGGUGUACUACAAAUCUCCCCCACCACCGUACGUCUACAGCUCCCCACCACCACCAUACUACUCACCUUCCCCUAAGGUGUACUACAAAUCUCCUCCACCGCCGUACGUUUACAGUUCCCCACCACCACCAACAUACUACUCACCAUCUCCUACGGUAGAUUACAAAUCUCCUCCACCACCAUAUGUCUACAGUUCCCCACCACCCCCAACAUACUACUCACCAUCUCCUAAGGUGGAUUACAAGUCUCCUCCACCACCAUAUGUCUACAAUUCCCCACCACCACCUUCGUAUUCACCAUCUCCAAAAACUGAGUACAAAAGCUCACCCCCACCUUCUUACUACUAA